GUCGUUUACAAGUCAACCAUCAGAUGAAAUUCUCAUCUCGCCGUGCGUUGACGUCUUCAGUUGUUGUCUUGCGAAAAUUAAGUAGUAAUAAAAGUAAAAAAAAUAUUUCUUACGAAAUCUCGAAAAUAACUCUGCAUUAAAAAAAUCGUGUUAGUUGUGUAAUUUGCGCGGUGGCCUCGUAAAUAACAAGUCAACUACAGAUAAAACACCAAAAAGGAAGCUCAAGUUGAAGUUGAAAGGAAUAAUAAAUAUUUAUUGCUGCGAUAUUCCCGUUAUUAAACAAGUGAAGAUGUGGAAAUUAGUAAUUUUCUUUGCUGCCAUUCAAUUAAUUUGCGCACAAAAAAGUGAAAUACCCGAGUAUAUCAAACAAUGUCGUCGUGGUGAUCCGCAAUUACUGGAGUGCUUUAAGGGUUCUUUGGAGCAUCUGAGACCGUAUUUAUCGCGCGGCAUUCCUGAGAUUGAGCUACCCUCCGUGGAACCCUUCAAAAUGGAUGCGCUUGCACUACAACUGACCGAUGGACCGCAAGGCUAUAAAAUUACCUUGAAGAAUCUCGAAGUAUUGGGCGCUAGCAACUUCCAGGUGAAAUCAAUGAAACUGAGUGAGGGCGAUGAACCGUUCAAAGCGCGCAUUGCAAUGCCCAAACUGAAUAUCGAAGCGAAAUACACCAGCUCCGGUGUGCUGCUCAUCAUACCAGCCUCAGGUGGUGGAGACUUCCAUGCCACUUUUGAGGGCGUCAUCGCUGAUAUCACUGGCAAAGUGUCGUCUAAUGAGAAGUCUGGACGUUCUUAUCUGCAUGUGGACUCACUCAGUUUGGUGCUAAAUGUUAAGGAUGUGAAUAUGAAUAUUUCGGGCGCCUUCAAUAACAAUCGAAUUUUGCUUGAGGCCACAAAUUUGUUCCUGCGCGAGAAUUCGCGUGUCGUCUUGGAGGCCAUGCAAACGCAGCUGCAAAAGAAAUUGGCGCAAGAGUUUGGUAAACUCGCUAAUCAACUGUUGAAGAAUGUACCCAAGGAUUUAUUCUAUGUGGAUUAAAGUGUGUGUGUGAUUACGUACUACGAGUAUACUUGCAGUGAAAUACGAAAUUCAAACUAAAAUUUACACCAGUUUAACAGAUGUUUUACGUAAAACAUCUAGUAUUAGCCAUUAUUCGGCCUCUACAUAGCACUAGCAUUAAGGUGAUGCUGCUCAAAUUCAUAAUUUAGCGAAAAGCUAUACAAAUUAUUCUCAAAUUACUCACAAAUUCGCAUUAUGCUUCCAUUCUAUAACUUCAUAUUUGCACAUAAUUAUGGAAUCGGUGAUUACUAUAUUUUUACUGCAAUUUUCUCACCUUAUAACCUUCGCAUCUUUUAUAUGUAAAUAGCUUGUUUUUAAGUUGAAAUAUUUAUAAGUUUCACGAAUUUAAUUUAGGUUUUUUGUAAGAAACUAAAUUACAUCAAUAUGCAUUUUGAAUAAACUUUUUAAAAUAUUUAAAAUAAAA